GAGUUUAACUCCUAAUCACUCUGUGUCUGUUACAGGAAUCAGUCAUGGGACUGCUGCUACCUCUCCUUCUUGCUUUACUCUCCUGUUUGAUUGGAGGACUCUACCUACUUGGUGUGUUUCGACAGCACCGACCAGGUGAACCCUCUUUGGAUAAGGGGCUCAUCCCUUGGCUUGGUCAUGUCUUGGAGUUUAGCAGGAACACAUUAAAAUUCAUUGAGAGGAUGAAGCAAAAACACGGUAAUGUGUUCACAGUGCAGCUGGGAGGGUGUUAUAUCACAUUCCUUCAGGAUCCUCUGUCGUUGGGGUCUUUUGCUAAGGAGAGUCAAGAAAAACUGGACUUCAAACCGUUUGUUAAAGAGCUGGUGCAGAGAGUGUUUGGAUAUGUCGCAGAGGGGGAUGACCACACUUUUCUCAAGGCCUCCAGCAACAAGCACCUCAAGGGGGAUGGCCUGAAGGUACUGACACAAGCUAUGAUGGAUAAUUUGCAGAAUCUGAUGUCUCAUGAAACCGGCUCAGCAGCAGACCAAAGCAGCUGGAAAGAAGAUGGACUGUUUAUGUACAGCUACAAUAUCCUUUUCAGGGCCAGCUACUUAUCUCUGUAUGGCUACGCAUCUCCCAAGUCAGAAGAAAGUGAGGAGAAGGCCAAAGAGAAAGACAGAGCAGAAUCUGAAGCCUUGUUUGAAGAGUUUCGUAAAUUUGACCAACUCUUCCCCAAAUUGGCUUACGGGGUCCUCUCACCGAGGGAAAGGUUGGAAGCCAAGAAGCUGAGGGAACUAAUCUGGAACACUCUGUCGGUGCAGAAGAUUAAAAUGAAGAACGACGUCAAUGGCUGGAUCUGGGACAAUGUCCAGUAUCUAGAGGAGAAGGGUAUGAAGGAAUCAAUGAUAAGCAGACACAUGUUCGAGCUUCUUUGGGCCUCUCAGGGCAACACAGGGCCCAUUUCAUUCUGGCUUCUCCUUUUCCUCAUGAAACACCCAGAAGCCAUGAAAGCAGUGAAGGAAGAGAUUGAUAAGGUUCUGAAGGAAUCAGGGCAGGAAGUGAGACCUGGUGGCCCUUCCAUCAACCUGACCUAUGAAAUGCUGAAGAAAACACCCAUCCUGGACAGUGCUUUGGAAGAGACCCUCCGACUCCGUGUUGCAGCUAUAGUCACCAGAGCUGUGCUCCAGGAUAUGACUCUCAAGAUGGCAGAUGGGCGUGAAUAUAUCAUCCGCAGAGGUGACAGAUUGGCUAUGUUUCCUUAUUCUGCUGUUCACACUGACCCAGAGAUCCACCCUGACCCACAUUCAUUCAAAUAUGACCGCUUUCUGAAUGCUGACGGGAGCAAGAAAACAGACUUUUACAAGAAUGGGCAGAAGGUGAAGUUUUACUCCAUGCCCUGGGGCUCUGGGGUCUCAAUGUGUCCAGGGCGUUUCUUUGCCUCUAGUGAAAUUAAGCAGUUGGUUUUCCUGGUGUUGGCCUACUUUGAGAUUGAGCUAAAGAAUCCUGAGGAGAAGAUACCUGAAAUCGACUUCAGCCGAUGGGGCAUGGGAUCCAUGCAUCCUAACAGAGAGGUCCAGUUUCGAUUCCGACCAACAUUUUAAACCCAACUUAUCAUUUUGACAUCUCUGUCAAAAUAUUUUUGGGAUUUUGAUCAAGUCUUUUGAAAUUCUGCUUCUGAAAAAUGGCAGAUUCCACAAAGAAGAUUAACGUUUAUUAUUGUGCCGAUAUUUUGUUCGAUAAAUACAUUUCCAACCUAAAUAUUAGCUCAUCUAAAAAACAGUUGACAUGACAAAUUUUGUGUUUCCUUAGCCAGGUUUACUCAGAUACAAGAAAAUAAGCUGUUAUCUUUAGAAGCAUCUAGUAUCAUUUAGCAAGUCAUAUCUGCUGAGUGUUAGGGAACUGGUUUCAAGGAAUGAUCGGAACAUAAAGGUUAGCUCUUACUUGGGAAAGUUGUCUGUCCAAAAACAGCACCUGUAGUGACUAUAACAUGUGUGCUUAUUAUCGGAAAAUGAUGCAUUUUUUUUCAAAACUUUUCUUUUUGCUUUUAAGUUUAUGUUUAUGAUGACAGGGCUGUUGAUUAAAUAUUAGUGGAGUAGAAAGAAAAUACAUUAACUUUGAUAAAUGAAUUACACCUGUAAUCUUUAAAAAAACAUAUAGCUGCCGGGCUGUAGACGUAAUAGGAUGUGACCCAUAUUUUAGCUGCCAACAUAUUAAAAUAACAAAUGAAAGAAAAUACAUUGUCUUUGAUGAAUGAAUAACACCUGACAUCUUUAUCACUUGGUAAACAUCCUUAGCUCAGCUAACUUUUAGCUAUAGAAAAUUCAGAACUCUUGCCACCUGUGAACAGGUUUGUCUGAUGCUGCUCAUUUCUCCAUCACGCUAUCAAUGCUAUUGGCUUUCAUUCUGUUUGGAAGAGUUCAUCUCCACAAAAACCUCAUAUAGUUUUACACACGCACCACUGUUCUUCACUCAACUCAGGAGCCCAUGAAAAUUACACAUAAGAGCAUACUAUUUGUUUUGCUCCCAAGGCUGCUGGAAUAAAUUUAGAGGCAGGGAAAAAUAUACUAUACAUUUACAUUUAUAUUUACCAAAUUAAUUUAAAUCUUAGUUGGAUCAUAGUUUCUCCCUUUCAUUUUGGCUCCAUGUAAUGCAAUACUAUUUAAAAUGUAAACAUAAAUCAAUGAACCUUUAAUACCCAUUGAGUCAUUGCAAAUGUCACACAUAUGCAGGUCUCGCUAUAGUUGUGAGGAUACUCAUUGACCUAAUGCAUUCCCCAGCCCCUUACCCUAACCUUAACCAUCACCACUAAAUCCCUAACGUUGCCCCAACCCUAGCCUAAACCUAAUUCUAACCCUAACCCUAAAACCAAGUCAUAACCCUAAGGAGGGGCCGGCCAAAACCUCCUCACUUUUCAAAAAUGUCCUCAUAGAGUCUAUGCUUAAAAUGAAAUGGUCCUAACAAAGGUAUAAGUACAGAAACACACACACACACACACACACACACACACCCACAGAGCUACAUUAGGAAGCGCUAAGUUUUAGAGUUCCAAUGUUACAUGGCCGUUCAUUUCUUUGUGAAUAAAUGAGGUGGUAGUUUUAAUCAUCCUGGAUCAAACAGGACGCUCCACCAUGAUGUUUAGAAUAAGUUAAUAACAAGUGAUAAGAUACAUCUAUUACCAUGCUGACGGUUAGGCUGACAGCUACAGGGAUGAUUGUAUUGGCUUUGCAUGAAUGUGGACUUCGGCUGUAUAAACAUUUGAAAUGAUAAUGAACAAGGAUUGCUUCUAGACAUUUUCUGUAAAAUCAUAGGAUAGCGUAUCCUGUUUAAACCACAUUAAACAAACAAGGAAAUAAGAGUCAAAGUUGUAUAUUAAAAUGAGACAGGGAUGUUAACAGUAUGUCAGUAAAACAUGUUUCUGUGCCAUCUUACACUGCAAAAUUGCAAAUUACGAAACCAUAGAAAUAAACAGUAAAGAAUUAACACUUUUCAUCUUCUUCCCACAGUUAUUGUUUUAAAUGGCUCAAACUAACCCCAAUGUUACAUCGUGGGGACCAUACUUUAACUUAGCUGUGACGUAUGUGUGCAGUCAGUUCCUUCAUUGUUCCAGCAAAUGUUACUCAUUGACAGCUUGAUUAUUUCUAUCAGUAUUUGGGUUGUUAUGUUUAAUCUUUUUUUCUUUGUCCCAUUUCAUAAAAAAUCUUCAA